AUGGCCUCCAAGGUCUUACAGAACAACACCAACAGCAGCUGGAUGAAAGAUCCAGGGCUGCGAAAACUAAACCUGGGGAUCGGGUUUAUGCUAUCUGCAUCGGCUACAGCCGGAUAUUGUGCUAGCAUGAUCAAUGGCCUUCUGGUGCUUCCUGAAUUCUCGAAAUUUUUGGAAGGUCUUGACACAAAUGCGAGAGGCCUUAUUAUCGCAGCUGUCUCGCUUGGAUCUUUUAGCUCCUUCAUCCCCGGAUCUUACAUCGCCGACAAUUUGGGGCGGAGGAUCUGCGUGCUCAUCGGCGCCGCGCUAGUGAUCAUCGCCUCAAUUAUUCAAGUCGCCACAAACAAUCAUUGGGUCUUCUUCGGUGCUCGUGUUCUAGCUGGAGUGGGAGUUGGGGUCUCACAAACAGCUGCACCAUUGCUCAUUACCGAAUCGACACAUCCACGCCAGCGACAGGCCUUCACAGGUCUAUACAAUGCACUUUGGUUUAUUGGGGAGUUGGUCAUGGAAACUCCCUGCUUAACGCAGGUGUUUUAUCCGGUUCUUCAAUUGAUAGGGCUUUGCUUUGUUCCCGAGAGUCCAAGAUGGCUCGUCUCUCGGGGAAGGAAAGAGGAGGGAAUGGCGAUACUGGCAAAAUAUCACGCCAAUGGAGAUGAAAACGACGAACUUGUUCAGGAUGAAUUCUACCAGAUUUGCAAGAGCAUCAACGCGGAAUCCGAUAAGAGUUGCCGCCGCUGGAGCACUUUCUUCAAAACCAGGAGCAACAUGCAUCGCCUAUCCAUUUGUGUGAUUCUGGGAUUCAUGCAAGAGUGGUCUGGAAAUGGCGUGGUUUCUUAUUAUCUAGCUCCGAUUCUAGAAUCAGUCGGUAUAUACAACGCAUCUCACCAGGCUGCCAUCAAUAUAAGCAUGCAGGUGUGGAACCUGGGAUUCGCUGUCGCCGGAGCAAUGGCUGCAGACCGGUACGGACGACGAAAGCUCUGGCUAAUCGCGACAAUGUUGAUGUUCAUCUAUCUCUCUGCCGCAACAACUAUGUCUGGACUUUUCCAAGAGAUGCAUGUGCUAGAAGCUGGCAUUGCUGUGGUUCCCAUGCUUUUCCUCUUCUGCAGCGCUUACGACAUGGCAUAUAUGCCGUUGUUUAUUGCAUACCCAGCCGAAAUCCUGCCCUUCCAACUUCGCGCCAAGGGUCUUGCUAUCACACUGACGACUGAUUCGAUGGCUUGCUUUUUCAACCAGUUUAUUAACCCGGUGGCCUUGGCGGCAAUCCGCUGGAAGUACUUCACGGUGUAUCUGGGCUGUCUUGUGAUUUUCAUGGGGACGAUCUACUUCCUGUUCCCGGAGACUAAAGGCCUAUCUCUGGAGGAGGUUGCGAGGAUCUUUGAAAAGGAGAAGACUUACCAGGUGGAGUCGCACAACUCGGAUGUUUCGCAAGAGCUGCUCGUGUUCCAGCAAAAGGGCAGCACCUCAUCCUCAUCCUGA